AAAAUAGAAAGUAGCCACUGUCAGGUUCUUGCGAGAAUUUAAAUAUGGACCGACUGAAAGUUGUCACUUCCCAUCUUCGGAGGCCAAACGAUGUUACAGCAGGAUCAAUUACUCCAUACCCUGUAUCUGCUUCUCUUGGACAUCAUCAGAAUAUCCAAUAUGUAUUAAACAAAAACUUACUUCUCUCACCACAGCAAUGUGAAUCUUAUGAAAGGGAUGGAUUCCUCGUCAUCAGGGAUUUGGUGAAGUCAGAUGAUAUUGACAGAUACUGUGCACGUUUUCGGGGUAUUUGCAAUGGAACUGUAAAAGUACCAGCCUUGACCAUAAUGAAAGAUGUUUCAAUAGCAAAGUCUGAGUUUGUGGUGGGAGAACGAGCAAUCACUAAAAUCCAAGACUUCCAGUUUGAUCCGGUUUUGUUUGAGUUCUGCGCACUUCCACAGAUUGUGAAGUAUGUAGAAUGUUUUACAGGCCCAAAUAUCAUGGCCAUGCAUACAAUGUUGAUCAACAAACCACCUGAUACAGGUGCCAAGACUUCUCGACACCCGAUGCAUCAGGACCUGCAUUACUUUCCCUUCCGUCCCGCGGAGCGCAUUGUUUGUGCUUGGUGUGCCAUGGAGAAAGUUGAUCGUUCCAAUGGAUGCCUGGUGGUAGUACCAGGUUCUCAUAAGGGGGAAUUGCAGGAGCAUGGUUACCCCCAGUGGGAGGGAGGUGUGAACAAGAUGUACCAUGGUGUUUUGGAUUACACACCAGAUCAAGAGCGUGUUCAUCUAGAAAUGCAGAAAGGUGAUGUUGUCUUUUUCCAUCCCCUACUCCUGCACGGAUCUGGAACCAAUAGAACACAAGCAUUUAGAAAGGCUAUUUCAUCCCACUAUGCUGCAUCUGAAUGUGAAUAUAUUGAUGUAAGAGGAACAUCACAACAGACGAUAGCUGAGGAGGUUGAUGAAAUUGUCAAGAAACGACUUGGAAGUGAAGUAGACUUCAAUUUUGAUGAUGCUUGGAGAAUUAAAGGAAAGCUUGUGCAUGGCCAGCAAAUCAACCUGUAGGUAGUUUAGUUAGAAAAUAUAAGUGCACAUAAUAUUGAUAAUGAUUCUACGUAACUUCAAGUGUACCAAGAAUAAACAGAUAAAAAUUUAUAUUUAACUGCAUUCAUUGAAAUACUGUACAACAUAUAAUACAAUACAAGAGUUAUUAGAAGUGUAAUCAAUUGAAAUAACUGUAUGUACACCAAAAAAUGUUAUGAUUAUUUAACCAGAAUUUUGGAGAUAUUGUAGCUCCUGAAAUAUACAGUAUUAAUUUUAAUGACUUGUAAAUUAUGUAAAUAGCAUUACUUUAAAAAUUAUAUGAAGUCUAAUAAGUAUUGUUAUUGCAAUAAAUUGUGAAAUAAAAAGGCAAAUGAAAUGGAAAAAAGAAGAUUUCAAUAUCAUAUAAAAUAUUAUAACUUAAUGUUUUAUGAAAAUGUAAAACUAAAAUAUAUAAAAGGACUUUAGAAAGCCAAGUGCCAAAGUUGUUCAAUGGAUUUAGAAAUAAUAAAUAGGUUAUAAAAGUAUGAAAUAUAAACUAUAUAUGUAUACUCCAAAAGUACAAUAGAAUUCAUUUGUUAAGCACCAUGUGGAUUUAUCAGGGAGAAGCUGCUGGAGGCAUGGAAGAUCCAUCAUCAUUAGCACCAUUGAGAUUAGUGACCGGAUAAAGUGUAUCCCAGACAAGGCUGCCAUGUAGCUGGGGACAAUGAAAAAGUGAGAUAAUUACACAAACUAGAUCUAUAAUAUUCAAUAAUAGCACAAUAUCAACACUUUAUGUCACAUCUUUGUGUGCACUGCCUGUAUAGGCAUGAUGUUUUCAUAUCAAAUUUAUAUAUGGGCAUGAUGAUGUCACAUCCUAUCCAUAUAUUUGCAAAUCAUGGGUAGUUGUCACAUAAAUGUUGAUAGCGUGCAUAUAGCUAUCACACCUGUAUGAAAAAACACCCCACAGUAAGGCAGCUUUCUGCAUUUGAACAUUUUAAGACAUAUGGCAGAAACCUCCCCUGUUGUCACAAAAUAGAAUUAAAUGACAAAAACAUAACAUGAUCUUUGGUAAAUCAGGAUCUAAAAAAUCCAAAAAUUAAUGUACAAAUGUUGUAAUAGGUUGAAAAAUAAAGAUACAGUGCU